GUUAUUUACACAAAACAUUUUGAUGAAUCUCAAAAGGUCAACCACAGUAUUCUGGUCAAACCAGCUAAUUUAGCUUAUAUUACUUGGGCUUUCCUAUUUUGAAAAUUCUACUUUUUGGUGCUGCACAUCAAAGCCUGGAUUGGCUCUUGAUUUAUAGGCCAAGAAACCAACCUCAGAAACCAUUUUGAUCUUUGAAAAUGGGAGGUUUGAGUGAGGGUCUAACACAGUUACUGAUACCUGCAGCUGCCUUGCUUGGUAUUGGAUUUGCCCUUCUUCAAUGGCUUUUGGUUUCAAGAGUUAAGGUUUCUAGCUACCCUGAUGAUGAAAGCCAAGAAAACAACUUGAUUGAAGGAGGACAAGAGGAAGGUAUUAAUGAUGUCGAGGUCGUUGCAAAGUGUGCCGAAAUCCAGAAGGCAAUUUCUGUUGGAGCAACCUCAUUUUUAUUCACCCAGUAUAAAUACCUUGUUGUCUUCAUGGGAGCAUUUGGAGCCAUCAUUUUCCUGUUCCUUGGUUCUGUUAAGAGAUUCAGCACCAAAAGUGAACCUUGCACUUACAACAAGGGACAAAUGUGUAAACCAGCUCUAGCCAAUGCCAUUUUUAGCACAAUUGCCUUCUUGCUAGGUGCUCUCACUUCAGUUCUAUCUGGUUUCCUUGGAAUGAAGAUUGCAACUUAUGCGAAUGCACGAACGAGUCUAGAAGCACGGAAAGGCAUUGGAAGAGCAUUCGUUAUUGCUUUCCGCUCCGGUGCUGUGAUGGGAUUCCUUCUAGCUGCCAAUGGCCUUCUUGUAUUAUAUGCCUCCAUCAAUUUGUUUAAGCUGUAUUAUGGAGACGACUGGGAAGGACUGUACGAAUCUAUCACGGGUUACGGACUUGGAGGUUCUUCAAUGGCAUUAUUUGGAAGAGUUGGAGGCGGCAUAUAUACGAAAGCAGCUGAUGUUGGAGCUGAUCUUGUAGGGAAAAUUGAAAAGAAUAUCCCUGAAGACGAUCCACGAAAUCCUGCUGUCAUAGCUGACAAUGUGGGUGACAAUGUAGGAGAUAUUGCGGGAAUGGGAUCUGAUUUAUUUGGAUCUUAUGCAGAAUCAACCUGUGCUGCACUUUUCGUGGCAUCGAUAUCGUCCUUCGGCUCUACACAUAACUAUGCAGCCAUGUCCUACCCUCUACUUGUAAGCUCAAUGGGAAUUGUGAUUUGCUUAAUAACUACACUUUUUGCAACUGAUCUCAUUGAGAUUAAGAAAGUGAGCGAAAUUGAACCGUCGUUAAAGCGACAACUUCUUAUCUCCACCGUGCUGAUGACAGUAGGGCUAGCUUUAGUCAGCUUCGUUGCUUUGCCAUCAAAAUUCACUCUUUACGAUUUCGGCAUCGACAAGGUCGUGAAGAACUGGCACAUUUUCUUCUGUGUUGUGACAGGAUUGUGGGCAGGACUUGUUAUUGGAUAUACAACUGAGUAUUACACUAGCAAUGCUUACAGUCCAGUGCAGGAUGUGGCUGAUUCUUGCAGAACCGGUGCCGCAACAAAUGUAAUAUUUGGAUUAGCUCUUGGAUACAAAUCAGUCAUCAUUCCGAUAUUUUCGAUUGCUUUAUCCAUUUACGUGAGCUUCCGCUUGGGAGCCAUGUAUGGUAUUGCAAUGGCUGCUUUGGGAAUGCUUAGCACCAUUGCCACUGGUCUAGCCAUUGAUGCUUAUGGUCCAAUAAGUGACAAUGCAGGUGGAAUAGCUGAAAUGGCUGGAAUGAGCCACGAGAUACGCGAAAGAACCGACGCUUUAGAUGCUGCAGGAAACACGACCGCAGCCAUAGGAAAGGGCUUUGCCAUUGGAUCAGCUGCUCUUGUUUCCCUCGCCUUGUUUGGCGCCUUUGUGAGCCGAGCAGGCAUCGAAACAGUCAACGUUAUGAACCCGAAAGUUUUCAUUGGAUUGAUAGUAGGUGCAAUGCUUCCAUACUGGUUUUCAGCCAUGACAAUGAAGAGUGUUGGCAGUGCAGCACUGAAGAUGGUCGAGGAAGUUCGGCGACAAUUCAACUCUAUCCCGGGGCUGAUGGAAGGCAGGACGAAGCCGGACUAUGCAAAUUGUGUGAAGAUAUCGACGGAUGCUUCGCUUAAAGAGAUGAUCCCACCUGGUGCUCUUGUUUUGGUAACACCACUCAUUGCUGGAACAUUCUUUGGAGUUGAAACUCUUGCAGGCCUUCUGGCUGGUUCCCUUGUUUCUGGAGUGCAGGUUGCUAUCUCUGCUUCAAACAGAGGGGCUUGGGAUAAUGCAAAAAAGUACAUAGAGGCUGGAGGAAGUGAACAUGCUAAAGCACUUGGUCCUAAAGGGUCAGAUGCUCACAAGGCAGCUGUGAUAGGUGACACAGUUGGGGAUCCUCUCAAAGACACUUCUGGUCCAUCACUCAAUAUUCUCAUCAAACUUAUGGCUGUUGAGUCUUUGGUUUUUGCCCCUUUUUUUGCUGCUCAUGGUGGCCUCAUCUUCAAGCAUAUAUAACAACAACAAUAAUUGCCAAAGUUGUUGCAUUGAUAGCUUAAUUAUAGUGUAAAUUUCUAUAUAAAUUGGUAUUUUUUUAAUGGUUUUGUUUGAGAUGACGUUUAGAAAAUCGAGUGUGGUUAUAGUAUUGAUCGAUACGUUUUUUUUUUCUUUGCCUUUCUUGAGGUAAGAUGGAAGA